AUGCUCGAAAAACCGUACAUUACAUAUUGCAACAAAAUCUUUUUUCAUCCAUCACUUUUGGCACCCCCCACCACCCAGUGUCCACCAAAAGAUUUGUCGACGAGCGCCCGAGCCAUGAACGCCAAUUUCCAGUACAACACGCCCUACUACUAUAACCAAGGGCUGGCGGCACUGAACGGCGCCCCCAGCGCCGCCGGCGGCCAGCAGGCGCCGCCACUGGCGCUGCCGCUGGCGCAACUGGCGCCGCCGCUGGCGGCCCAGCUGGCGGCGGCGGGGCAGGGCGAGUACUACCGCUACCCUCUGUACCCUAACUACUACCAACAACCGACGGCGCAACAGUACUACACUAACGGCGCCGCCACCGCCGCCACCGCCGCCACGGGGGCCCCGGGCGCCCCCGGGGCGCCCACCGCGGGCGCCGUGGGCGCUACCGGCGCCACCCCGAUCGCCGACACUUUGAACGCGGCGUCGCUGCUGACGGUGGGGCAAUACCAGCCGCCUGGCAUCCGCCCCCGCGUCACCACGACGAUGUGGGAAGACGAAAAGACUCUCUGCUACCAGGUCGACGCCAACAACGUCUCCGUCGUCCGCCGCGCAGACAACAACAUGAUCAACGGCACCAAGUUGUUGAAUGUCGCCCAGAUGACCAGAGGCCGUAGAGACGGGAUCUUGAAGCUGGAAAAAGUGCGCCACGUCGUCAAGAUCGGGCUGAUGCACUUGAAGGGGGUGUGGAUCCCCUUCGAAAGAGCGCUCGCCAUGGCCCAGCGCGAGGGCAUCGUCGACUUGUUGUACCCGUUGUUUGUCCGAGAUAUUAAGCGCGUGAUCCAAACCGGGGUUACUCCUAAUGCCGCCGCCACCGUAAAGGCGCUGCUGCUGACGCCUCCCACUCAAGCGGCUCAGUACUACCUGGGCGCCGCUACUGGCGCCCCCGGCACCGCCGGCGCUCCCGGCGCUCCCGGCGCGUCCGGCGCGCACACUGCCGGCGCGCACACCGGCGCCAACCCUACUGGCGCCAACCCCGCCACCGGCGCCGCCCCGGCGCCGCUGGACUACGCGCUGUACGCCUCGGCCGCCCCGCAACACAACGGCACCCUGUCUCACCAGCUGCCCCAGCAGGCGCAAGCUCUGGCGCUGGACACGAUGAAGAUGUACCAGUACAACCAGCAGAUGUCGCAGCAGCAGCAGCCGUACUACCUGAACCUGUACUACCAACAGCAACCUUACGGCGCCCUGGCGCUGGCGGCGCCGCUGUACCUGGCUUACCCUCAGGGCGCCCAGAUGUACGGCUACUACGGCCAGUUGCCCCAACAGCCGCAACAGCCGCAACAGCCGUCGGCGCCUCUCGCGCACACGUCGCAGGCCACCCCGCAACAGCCGGCGCUGGCGACGCCCCAGGCCGCCCAGGGCACCCCGCAGCCGCAGCCGCUGGCGACGCCUAACCAGGGUGCCAGCGACGUCAAGGACGACGACAAGUAA